AUGAUUCGACAUUUUCUCAAAGGUGCAACUUUUUCAGGAAUAAGUUAUUACUUACUUCAAGAUCAUCUAAUCGCUCAAACCUAUCAUACAAACCAAACCAUCAAAUCAUUAACCCAAGAAUUUCAACAAAUCAAUUCAUUUGAAGACACCUCAAUAACAAGCCUUCAAGCGAGUUUACAAAAACCAAAUUAUCAAUCCACUUUUAAGGAAAAAAUUCAACUCAGUUGGAAUCAAUCUCUUUAUGAAUUACAUUCUAAAGUUUAUAAUUUGAAUUUAGGACAACUUUUUCAAACGGUUAAAAGUUUUGGUCAACAUUCAAAUCAAUCUGAUUCGAUUCAAACCAAUCACAAACCUUGA